AUGUUGUGCCUCUCUGCUGACAGUGGGGUGGAGUUGGUGGGAUGUGAAUUUUUUUCAAGACAACUCCCUUCAUGCUGUACUUUUCACAAACUCAUCAACGGUCCGUCUGCGGAGGGAACAUCUUGGACUGAAGCUGUAAAUGCUCUUCUCUGGAAGAUGCUGUUCAUGAGCUUCACUUUAACAGCUUUGGCCCUGUGGAGUCCCGUUUGGACACAGGAGCCAGAGUUUGCAGAUGUGUGCACAGAGGGCAGCUGUUACCCCGCCACAGGUGACCUGCUGAUCGGCCGGGCGCACAAACUCGACGCCUCCUCCACCUGCGGCCUCCAUCAGCCGGAGCAAUUCUGCAUCGUGGGACACCUGGAGGAGGAGACCAAGUGUUUCAUGUGCGACUCCAGAGACACGUACGAUGAUGCGAACCCCGUCAGCCACGCCGUCGAGAACGUGGUCACCACCUUCGCCCCCAACCGCCUCAAGACCUGGUGGCAGUCGGAGAACGGUGUGGAGAACGUGACCAUCCAGCUGGACCUGGAGGCCGAGUUUCAUUUCACACACCUCAUCAUGACCUUUAAGACGUUUCGCCCGGCGGCCAUGAUGAUCGAGCGUUCAAUGGAUUAUGGGAAAACGUGGCAGGUUUACCGUUACUUUGCCUACGACUGCCGGUCGGUGUUCCCCAGCAUCUCCACGGGCCCCAUGGCGAGAGUAGACGAGAUCAUCUGUGACUCCCGCUACUCCGACAUCGAGCCGUCCACAGAGGGAGAGGUGAUAUUUCGAGUGCUGGACCCUGCCUUUGAGAUCGAAGACCCCUACAGUUUGAGAAUACAAAACAUGCUGAAGAUCACUAACCUCCGAGUGAAGUUCAUCAAGCUCCACACGCUGGGCGACAACCUGCUCGACUCGCGGGACGAGGUGACGGAGAAGUACUACUACGCCCUCUACGACAUGGUUGUCCGUGGGAACUGCUUCUGCUACGGCCACGCCUCCGAGUGCGCGCCCAUCGACGGGCAACCGUCCACAGCUGAAGGCAUGGUUCAUGGCCGCUGUGUGUGCAACCACAACACUCAGGGACUGAACUGUGAGCGCUGUCAGGACUUUUAUCACGAUUUGCCCUGGAGACCUGCAGAGGGACGAAACAGCCACGCUUGCAAGAAGUGUGAGUGCAAUCAUCACUCCACAUCGUGCCACUUUGACCACGCCGUGUACGUUUUGACCGGCGAGGUGAGCGGAGGCGUGUGCGACGACUGUCAGCACAACACCGUGGGCCGACAGUGCGAGCAGUGCGCACGUUUCUUCUACCAGCACCCCCACAGGAACCUGAGAGACUCCAACAUCUGCGAACCUUGUAACUGUGAUCCGGACGGAUCUCUGCAGGGCGGACUGUGUGACUCACACACAGAUGUGGCUGCAGGGCUGAUCUCAGGUCAGUGCCGGUGCAAAGCCAACGUUGAGGGAGAACGCUGUGAUCACUGCAGACAGGGAUACCAUGGACUGGGAGAAAUCCCUGAUGGCUGCCUGCCUUGUACCUGUAACCUGCUGGGAACUGUGCCAGGAGCAAACACCUGCGAUUCAGACACAGGGCAAUGCUUUUGCAAACGACUUGUCAGUGGACACAACUGUGAUCAGUGUCUGCCGGAGCACUGGGGUCUGUCCAACGACAUGGACGGUUGCAGACCCUGCAACUGUGACCAAGGAGGUGCUGUCAACAACAACUGUGACCCUCACUCAGGCCAGUGUAUGUGCCUGGAGCAUAUGUUUGGACGCCGCUGCAAUCAGGUCGAGUCCGGCUUCUACUUCAGCUCUCUGGAUCACUAUACGUAUGAAGCAGAGGAUGCCAAGCACGGUCCUGGCGUCACAUUAGUACAUCGACCUUACCCUCAGGAGAGAAGCCCCACAUGGACUGGGAUGGGCUUUGCUAAUGUCCCUGAGGAAGGGUUUUUAGAGUUUACCAUCAACAACCUCCCAGUGUCAAUGGACUAUGACAUCCUUAUACGCUAUGAGCCACAGCUGCCGCAGCAGUGGGAGCACGUGAACGUUGGAGUGGAGCGUCCAGUCUUCUACCCUCCAAGCUACUCCAGUCACUGCAGCAGCUCUGACCAGAGCGGAGACGAGCAGUACACCUCUCUGCCACCUGGAUCCAGGCAUGUGCUGCUGGUGACCCCGGUGUGUUUCGAGAAAGGACUGAACUACACGAUCCGUCUUUCUUUCCCAUUUUACUCAUCCAUCAGCAGCGUCCAGAGUCCAUACACUCUCAUCGACUCCUUGGUGUUGAUGCCUCGAGUCGGACAGCUGGACAUGUUUCAUGGGCCAGAGGGUGAAAAAGCGUGGGAUACUUUCCAGCGCUACAGAUGUCUGGAAAACAGCCGGAGCAUCAUCAAAAGUCCCAUGACGGACAUCUGCGAUGAUUACAUCUUCAGUGUGUCUGCUCUGCUUCACGGAGGAGCUAUGGCAUGCCAGUGUGACCCUCACGGCUCGCUCAGCACCGUUUGCGACUCGAGUGGCGGUCAGUGCCGGUGCCGACCCAACGUGGUUGGCAGGAACUGUGACCAUUGUGCUCCAGCUACUUUCCUGUUCAGCCCUGCCGGCUGCAGACCUUGUGACUGUGACUCUCUGGGCUCCAUCAGCCCCUUCUGCCACGAGGCAACCGGACAUUGUGAGUGUGUCCCGGGAGCCAUGGGUCGUCAGUGCUCCCACUGCCUGCCAGGUUUUUGGGGCUUCCCUCAGUGUCGACCAUGUCACUGUAAUGGGCACAGCGAGCACUGCCACUCUCAGACUGGAGAGUGUCAGGGCUGCAGGGACUUCACUACGGGACAUCACUGUGAGAGGUGUUUGAAUGGUUACCAUGGUGACCCAGAACUGGGUUCAGGAGACCACUGUCGUCCCUGCAUGUGUCCGGACGGGCCGCGCAGUGGUCGGCAGUUUGCAGAGAGCUGUUACCUCUUAACCAGCCAGCUGGUGUGUGUGUGCAGCCACGGCUACAAAGGAGCCAGAUGUGACGAGUGCGCCCCCGGUUACUAUGGAAACCCUCUGAUUCCAGGAGGGAGAUGCAUGCCCUGUCAGUGCAACAACAACAUUGACAUGCACGACCCCCGGUCGUGUGACGCUCGCACAGGUGCCUGUCUCAAAUGCCUGUACCACACGCAGGGACACGCGUGUCAGCACUGCAAAGUCGGUUACUACGGCAACGCCACCACACAGAGCUGCAGGAAGUGCACGUGUUACUCAGCGGGGACGAUACCUCAGGCCUGUUCGUCCCCUGAUGACUGCGAGUGUGAUCAGCGUACUGGACAGUGUCCCUGUCAGCCCAACGUGGUCGGCCCGAGCUGUAACCACUGUGCUCCUGAUACGUGGAACAUCGACAGCGGGUCGGGCUGCCAGCUCUGCGACUGCGACCUCGUCCACUCUUACGGAUCCUCCUGCCAUGAGGUUACAGGACAGUGCGUGUGCAAACCAGGAUUUGGUGGCAGGACGUGUCGGGAGUGCAAAGAGCUUUUCUGGGGAGAUCCAGAGGUCAAAUGUCAAGCUUGUCAGUGUGACCCGCGGGGAAUCUCCAGUGAGCAGUGUGACCGAGCCACAGGUCAGUGUACCUGUGUGGAGGGUGUUUCAGGAAGACAGUGCAACGAAUGUGCCAGGGGCUACCUGGGUGACUUCCCCCUCUGUGAACCAUGUCACAAGUGUUUCGAUGUGUGGGACCCGGUGGUUAGCGAGCUGACAGAUCAAACUCGACGCCUGGAGGCCCAAGUGACGGAGCUGCUGACCAAUGGGGUGACGGAGCCGUACAAAGAGUUGGUCAGCAGCUUGGAGAGAAACGCCAAGGCUGUGAAAGAGAUAAUAGCGAACAGGACCGCCUCAGUGAAACUGGAACAGAUUCAGGAUCUGACGCAUCAGAUCACUGGUUUGAUGUCUUAUUUCAACGGAAAGUUAAAUACGACCGAGGAUAUCUUGAACUUUCUCCACGGUGACGUCAACGUCACGGACACAAGACUUGAUGAACUGACUGAUGAGGCCAACAAGCUGGAGCAAAACGUUCAAGAGCUGAAGCAGCAGGUCCACGACGCCAAGAACUCCAACAUCUACGGAGCCAUUAGCACUGUUUCUACAGCGCACUCAGAGUCCAGAAUGGCAGAGCAGCGCUCCAAUGCUUCAACCAGCGAUCCUGGCAACACGGUGGAGCAGUCGGCCGCAGUAAGGAAAACCACAGAGGAAAAACUGAUCAGCAGUCAGAAAGAAUUUGAUCGGAAACACCAACAAAACGAACAGAAGCUGGACAGACUGUCCAAAGAGCUGGAUACAUUUGACCUGUCCCCUCUUAGUGAGAAGAUGUGUGGAAGUGCAGCUGAAGGUGAAGACUGCCCCCCCUGCGGUGGACUGGGUUGUGUCAGGGAGGAUGGAGCGCCUCAGUGUGGAGGAGAGGGUUGCAGCGGUCUGGUCACCGUUUCUAAAACUGUUCUCAAAUCAGCCCAGAACCUGGACCAGAAGAUCCAAGAGGCCAUGCAGGAUGUGGACAAGCUCUCCAGGAUGGUGUGGGAUGCCAACAUCCGUGCAAAUGAGGCGAAGGCCAAAGCCAUGGAGGUGAUGAUCAAAGCCAACCACAGCAAAGAGAGAGUCGAAGAGAGCAACAAUCAGCUCCGCAACCUCUUCAAGGAGAUACGAGACCUUCUGUCCAACGACAAGGUCGACGCGGAUGUGAUCGAGGCGGUGGCCAACGAGGUGCUGGCUCUGGAGAUGCCAAAGUCGGCAGAAAAACUGCAGGAGCUGACAAACGAGAUCCGAGAGAAGGUCAGCUCUCUGACCAGCGUGGAGACGAUCCUCAGCCAGAGCGCCGAGGACAUCGUGGCUGCGGAGCUGCUGCUGACGCAGGCCAAGGCUGCCAGUGAGGAGGCGUCAAACAUAAAAGAGACAGCGGAGGCGGUGAAGGCUGCCCUGGAUGAGACUGAGCGCGCUCAGAGCACCGCCUUGGACGCCGUCCGACUGGCUCAGUCCAACAUUGAAGGAACUCGGACCCUGCUGAACUCUGUUGAGUCGGAGACGUCCAAGUCGGAGCUGAAGCUCAGUAACACCACGGGUCAGCUGGUGCAGCUGGAGCGAGAGGUCAGCCUGCUGAGGCAGAACAUCCUGGAGAUGAACCAGCAGGUGGAAAAGACUGAGCGGAUCACGGAACAGGCCAGACAGAACGCCGAGGCGGCGCAGCAGGACUUUGACGAUAAGGUGAAAGAUCAGUUUGAGGAGGUGGAGGUGCAAGUGGCAGAUAAAGGGGAGUCGGUGUUGCAGGCAAGAAAGAGAGCAGAUGAACUGCAGCAGGAAGCCACAGAGCUGCUGGAGCAGAGCAGCAUUAAGCUGCAGAGACUCGAAGAGUUGGAGCACUCCUACGAGGCCAACCAGGCCAUCCUGGAGAACAAAGCUGUAGAUCUGGCUGAGCUGGAGGAAACCGCUCGCCGCAUCCUGGACGAGAUCAGCCGCAAAGUGACUCAGUACAUCUCCUGUCAGUAUUAAAAGCUUCACCGGCUGGGAGGUUACAAUAUUCUGAGUUUACUGCUCCAUUUUAUGCCUGAUGAAACAAAACACUAAUAUAUUUAACGUCGUCAGUGCCAAAGUUUGGCUGCCAGAGACCCUUCAAGUGUCCUUAAGGAAACCACUAAAAGCCAGUGUGACCUCAAACCAAGAAUGUGGGGAAAUGUAAAAAUUCUGCUUCAAUAAAUGACUGAAACCACAGUUUAACGGAACUAAUGUGAUGAAAGCAUCAUUGUACCUAAGAGGCCUAAAUAUAUUACUCAUGAAUGGUGCUGUGAUUUUUUUUUACAAA